AUGUCCUCAAAUGGCAUCAUGAACGGGUGCAGUCAAAAUGGAAAAACGAAUUUCAGCGUGAAUUUCGUGAAUAGGAAAUUUUCGCCCCUAAGUGGAAAACGUGACGAGGGAGACAGCUCCAACUUUGAGGAUGGACGAAGAACACAUGGAGUAGACCGCUUAUCCAAUAACAUCACACCGGGGGGGGCCUUGGACGGGGAAAUAAUUGCACAGAACGGUGAACAGAACUUUAACAACCAUACGAAUGAGCUUCUUCAUCCUCAACAUUUACAGGAAACUAAUCUUAUUAAUAGGAAGGAGGAACAUGCGAGGCAAAACGCAAAGUUAAAUUGGGGGUACCCAUUCAAAUGGAACAAAACAGAGAAUGAUCCAUGUGGAGAAAAUCCAAGGGCAGAAGAAGCGAAGGCAGAGAAAUCAGGGGGCGUCUUUCCCCAAAUGGCAAAUGAAUACAAUUCAAAUGAAGCUAAAACGACAACCGGUAAUGGCAAUAUUUCGCCAAGUAACACAGAUCGGUCAAAUUCCACUGUUGAGAAAAUUUACCUGAACAGGGCAGGCGAAAUGGAAGAAAAAAAAAAAAAAAAAUCGAGCAUAUCGAAUGUUUUAAACGGUAAUGCCAAAAAUUGGAGUAACGUAAUGAAUGGCAUAGAAUGUAGAAGGUUGAUGCCAAAUGGAGUGGAGAGCAGUCACCCUGAUGAAGCUAAAAAAUCGCGAGGCGUGGAAGAUAUUUCCCCACUCAGCGCUAACAAGCUUAGCGGAAAAAUAACGCUCAUUGGAAGUGGCGAAAAUGAUGUGUCCAUCGAGACAUCUCACAGGAAACAACUUUUACAAAGGGGAAGGCAAACGAACACACACGAAAUAGCCAUUCCGUUUUUCACAUCCCCCAUUCCAAAGCCUGAGUGGAAAAGCGACAAAUGCAUAGACCAUCUAAAUGGCCACUCCUCCGUUGUCAGUCACACACAAAAUGAUGGACAGCACCCAUUUUACAUGGUCAAAGGGGAAUUCUCCGCCCUGAAAAAAAGGAAUGAAAAUAUAUUGCUCAGCGACAGGGAGGAGGUGAUAUAUUUGAACAAUCGGAAUGGGGGAUUCCAGGACGUGGCGGGGAAAAUAGCAAGAAUGACCAAAAGGAGUAGCGUAAGGAGUAACGAAAGGUGCAGCGUAAGGAGUAACGAAAGGUGCAGCGUAAGGAGUAACGAAAGGUGUAGCGUAAGGAGUAACGAAAGGAGUAGUGAACGGAGUAGCGAACGGAGUAGCGAACGGAGUAGCGAACGAAGUAGCACAGUCGAUGACGUAGACGAUGUGGUCAGGAAUAGGCCGAGCGGUGAAUCAAACCGUGCUCUCCACACCGUAGACAGUGGAGAUAUUAAUCUCCUUCCUCCAAAUGACUGGAACGAUCUGAUGAGCAAACGGGGAAAGGGGCAAAACAAUCCACCGAGAAACUGCCCCGACGUUUACACCAACGGAAAUCUGACACAUAGCGAAAGAGGCUACUCACUUAGCAGCGAUAAGAAACAGCAAAGUUUUAUGAACCACGUAAGAAGAGACGGUCACGAAGAGGCCAUUGUCUACGACAUGAAGGAAGAGCAAACAUUUGGUGAUUCGAGUGAUAGAAAGGAAAGGGGCCUCACCGGGAAGGAAAGUAUCCCCACCUGUGUGAAUCCAUUUAACGCACCGAAGCAUGUUGCAAAAGCUGCGCCUGAAUUGAGAAGAAAUCUUGUAGGCCAGAACGGCUUCCUCUCACGCAACGAUGUGGUAAAGACGACGGAGAAUGACAUGACAAGAAAAGACAACACAGCUGAAUGUUUAUCAAGCGUGCAUACCAACUGGGGCACCAGUGAGGGAACCUAUAGAUCGAAUGAGGAAGACAAAAUUGUGAAUGCGAAAGGAAGCAAAAAAGACGGAAUGAAAAGGGCCCCACAUGACUGCAUUACUUACCUUCUGAACACCCAAAGUGGGAGCCGAGAAAAUGGGUUCUUAUUAAGCCAUUCGUUUGGAGAAGAAAAAAGCUCAGACGAAAUUAACCGCCUAAAUGGAUCCAAACGAGAUGGGUGUGUACCCGCUAUGGAAGGAAAGGAUAAAUUGGACAAUACGAAUGAGACACAUAUUUGGGGAGAGUUAAGUUGGUCGCGAUGCCUGCAUCAGGGGAACGAACACCCUCUGUGUGCCUCCCAAAACGAUAGCAGCUUUAACCAAAUGAAUGGAACUUCCCAGGGGGAGGAAGAUAACGACAUGUGUCACUCCGUGUGUGAAGAAACAUCUAAAACAAAUGAGAAAUCAACUCAGAGAAGUUGCUUUCCCCUCUCUCAUCAGAAGACUCCCCCUCUACAGACAAAGAGAGAGAAGUAUCAAUAUGGUGAAGUCAGCACGGAGAAAACACCCGCAGAAGAUAAAUCCAUUUUUAAUUACCACGCCGAUUGGAUGAACCGUUUAGAGAAAGGCAGGGACAAAAUGACCAACGGGGAAAGGUACAACAUGGGCAGCGUCUACAAAGAGGGUGCAUUGACGAAUAAGAAUGACUGGCUAGAGAACAACCUGCAUAGGAAUCACCCCCUUUUUCACCCCCCCGGAAAGAGGUGCCCAUCGGUAGCUACACCUAACGUGGACACAGCGGGGAAGUUGCCGCACUUGGCGAAGGACGGAAACGCACACACACGCAUUGACAGAGGAGGGCCUGAAGAAGUAAUGAAAAACGAGGACAUUAAAGAAGAAAAUAAAAAACAAUUUUUUGGAUACGCUCAAAUGGUUCAUCCUUUUCCGGGGGAACAGACAAAGGAGCAGUGCUAUGCCCGUCACGAUGUGAGUCUAAUAGCUGACCCGUUAAGUAGAAAACGAGUGGCCCCCAAAUGGCAAUGUCAAAACACGGAGGAAAAAAACAGAAAGUGUAAUCAAAUCGGUGCAGAAGAACUGAGCACCGAGGAAAAGAAAAAAUCUCCUCAGGACAACUCUCCUUUUUUUUCGAAUCGAAAUGGGCCACAUACUGAGAGCGCUCCUAAUGCAAAGGAAGAGCAUACUUAUGGAGACGUCUCAAAAUGGGAAGAGGCCAACCGGAACGAAAUGGAAAACCUAUCCAAAUGGAUUUCUAACCCAAAUAACCUCCAAGGAGGACUUCAUUUUGGACACAUCCACUCCAUUCACGGGAGUGGGCAAAGCUUGAAAAGGGGGAGGGAAGAAAUUUUAAAUCGAAAAAUGGCUAGCCAGCUAGCCAAUGGGGUACACCCAACUGGUUAUAACAACAACCUCGUUCUUGGAAGAAAUUCUCACGUGACCCCACACAUGAGUGGAUUUUCUGAUCCCACUCCUCUGAGGGGAGUUUUCUCCGGGGUGACCCCUUCUUCCAUUUGGAGAAGAGCCACUGACCAGGUGAGGACAGGCAGGCUCAUCCCCGUCGGAGAAGAAUAUAUGAGCAGCAGUCCCAAUGAAACAGUCUACGACGAUGUGAGGAGAAUGUGCGGGGAAGCCUACAACCAGGAAGGACGGAAUAGUCAUACGGGGAACAGCAACGACACUCCUAAUGCACUGCGAGGAAAUAAUCCUCCGCACGGCGCAUACUCCAUAGGGAGUAACGAAGAAAGAAGAGACAUCCGCAGUGGUGCAAAUGUAGACUACCUGAACAAUUCAGGCGAAAAAGGAGAGGGUGUCCCCAAAUCGGAAAUUAAGCAUGGACGCAGUUUGUGCGAUGAGGCGGGUGAACCGGGCGAAGCGGACGACGCAGAUGACGCGGCUGAUCCAGCUGAUGAGGAAGUUUGCAGAUUGAUGGAAGCUCUCCCGUUCGGGAGAGACAAAAAGGAGGUCGCUGAAGAGCGUGAGGAAGGAAGAAAAGACAGGCAUGUCCAUAUUGAUGGUGAGUCAGUCGUACAUGCAUAUGCAGAGAGACGCGAUUAUGACGCUUUACGGGGUGAGCAAGACCUUCUAGAAGGAAUGAAAGAACAACAGGGCCGUGCCGCCCCUAAUCCGAACGACCACUACAGGUGGAAGCUGUGCCAUGUAAGAUACCCAGAAGAUAUCAACUUUACGAAGGCCUUUUUCUUUACCUUCCAAAAUGACAUAUACAUUUAUGGGGCACGCAAAAAUAACUUCGUCAUUCCGGAUCUGCUGUUUCGGAUUCGCGAGAAUGAAAUCGAAUCUGUGCACACUAGGGGGACCGCUCCGAAGCUGUAUGUGAAGGUUUACUUUGCCAUCGAGGAGGGGGACAUGAGCGGCACGGUUCGCAGUGUUGCCGGUGUUAGCGGCAUGCCAAACGGUGGAUGCCUUAAUGUGAGUGGUAUUGCCCAACCGACCAAAAGCUUCUACAUCUGGGGGGCCAACGAAAAGAGGCAACUGGACCUGUACACUGUGUACAGACUAGACUUGUGCCGCCUCGAAUGGCAGGAGAUAAAAAUCACCUAUAACAGAAAUCUGAACGUAUGGAGGGAGGAUUUCUCCCUCAUACUGAUAAAGGAUUGUCUGUACAUGUACGGAGGAGUUGUCUUCAAAGAUGGAGAGUGGAUCUGCUGUGACGAAUUAUGGAUGUGCGACACGGGCAGGAGGAAGUGGCAGAUGAUAACUCUGGGGGGAGGCACCCAUGAGAACGACACUACUCAGAAGGGGGCAAAUUCAUUUUUCAUUUUUCCCCGAAGCGACGUGGAUAAACUUCUUACCAAUUCGGGAAAAUCAUCUUCAAAGGGUAGCCUUCUUGAGGAGGGGAAGAGGGAUGCAAAUAACAAAGGAACGGAUGCAGAGGGGGAAGUAAGUCCUAGCAAGUCCACUGCCACACCUUAUGAGGAGAAGGAACCCAGCAGAAGAGCAGGCCACCUCUGCGUUGUGCACAAAAAUAGGAUGUACAUUCACGGUGGAACUAAUAUGACCGAAGAAAAAUCCGAUUUCUACUUUUUCGAUCUGGCAAAAAAUAAAUGGUUCGAGGUUGUUCCACAUGGAGAGAUCGUCCCCUCCAAGAGGUAUGGCCACUCCGGAAUUGUGAUAAAAAACAAACUGUAUAUGUAUGGUGGGUUCACAAAAAAGCUCAAUGGGAGGAACUGCCUCAACAACGAUAUAUUCGAGUAUGACUUCCUGAAGAAUACAUGGAGGCAGGUCUUCACCAUUGGAGAUUUAAUUUAUCUAAAACGUUGUCUUAAUGGAAAGGAAAAGGAAUAUUACCUUCGAUUUGUGAAGUUGCUUGUGAUGAGAAGGUACUACAAGGGUGCUAGUAGAAGCCGUUUUCCAGACGUGGGUGCCGAUAAAUCGCUGAGUGGCAUCUCCCCUGGGGACUGGACCCAAAAUGGAAGAGAAGAAGGGCAAGCCAAUGGGAAGAAGAAAGACGCUGCUAAGUUUGCACUUGGUAAGGAACACCCACAUACGAAGCUGCAUGCAAACUUCCUACACAUCGAAGAAACUCCCCCUUACAGUGAAGCCAUCAUCCCGCACAACAUUUUCCGAAACAGGUGCCUCUACUUUAAUGGCUCUCUGUACCUCCUCGGGGGAUGCGGGCUCGACAAUCAUUUCGAGAGAAGCCAGGAGAACAACUUCUUCCUCCACUAUGAAAGUGUCUUUAAAAUGAAAAUUGAACAAUCCUAUGUGCGAUGCUUUGCACAUUAUCUCUCCCACAUGGAUGCAUUUUUUGGGGACCUCAUAGCGAAGGAGGAGAUGGCGCUACAUCAGUGGCUGCAACGGGGAGGAAACGUAAAAGAGGACACUGCUUCUCAGCAUCUGACAACUACGCACAAGGACUUACAUCACUUGUGGAGCCAACUGAAUGGAGACAAAGGGACUUUCAUCACCUCAGGGGGAUCAUACCCGAAGGAUCUACCGUCUGCUAUUAACCAAAUUGAUCAUAUGUUAAGAGAAAUUUCGACCGGUUUGCUGUGUUCGAAAGUUAACGAGGAGAACAACCUCGAGGGGGGGCACAUGAGCGAAGGCACAUCGACAGAAGGGAUGGUGGUACACUCAGCACUGACCAACGGAGAACUAACGAACUGUGCGGAGAAGACGAACCAAACAAACCACUUGGGAGAGGCCUUUCCGCUCUGCCAAAGGGAAAAAAUGUUCCAACUGCUUACCUGGCUGAUCGACCUAUAUCACAGUGAUGUCUGCGCUGAUGAAAUUGUCACUGCUAACGAGGGGGGGCAGUGCCAUGUGUCGAACCUUUUGCUGGAAAAGGGGCCUGCUGUGGGGCUAGAAUCGGACUGCGCUUCGCCUGAUUUGUUCGCAAAAGGUGGGACAGACGAGAUUGGCAGUUUGGACGUGGGAGCUUCUAACGUGAGCACUUCUAGUACGCGCGGCGAGGUGGGAAGCCGCCCGAGGGAAAAUAAGCAGGGGGAACCGCGUCCCUCUGCCAACUCGAAGGAGGCCACAAAUGCUCACGCAGAGGACGCACAGAGCGGGAGACCCCCUCGCACAGCAGAAGCUGCUAAAGAACGGGGUCUAAGUGGAGAGUGUUUCCAAGAAAGUAACUUGCCGUCUGAUCGAUUUGGAAAAAGGGACAGAGGGAGAUGUAUUGCACCCCUUGACGAAGCAUCGAAAGUUGAUUCUCUGGAGGGCUGCCCCUGUGGAGAGCUCCCCACACCAUCGCGUGAUGCGCGUGAUGCGCACUAUGACAGCGCCGACAGAAGCGGCCAAAAGAGCACCCAGAGCAGCAAUGGGGAGAGAAACGAAAGAAAAAGAGUACAACCAAGGAAUCACUUCCCAGAGGGGCAUAAAGAAGGCGUCCGGUCUGUCCUCCCCGAGGAAGAGCACAAUCCGAAAGACCAACAUGUGUGUGAUGAGAACGAUCUGCGUUUUAGCGAAGGUGACAGAUGGGGUGACCAUUUUGAGGUGCAGAAGGAAGUUAUUAGUUUAGGGGCAGACGAAUUCUCCAGGCACCUCCGCGGCAACACAUACCUCAUCUCAGAUUAUCUCCCCGACAGCAAUCACAUAUAUCUGAACAUGGACAAGUCAAUCAUCUACAAUUACCUGCAACACUUUAACGACCUCACAGAUGACAGAUAUUCCAUUAAAAUGAAAAUCAGGAGAAACGAGAUUUAUAAGCUUAUUUACACAUACACGAAAAGUGUCGAGAUUCAGAAUAGUGUAUGCUUUAAGAUGCUAGAGAGGUUGGAAGGUCAGGCUAGGCAGCUGCUUGCUGGAAAGGAACAUGAUACAGAUGGGGCAAAUCGAAGGAGAAGUGGUGCAGAGUACUUCGCGUCAGAUGAAGGAGAAGAAUCCAGUAAGAAGCAGCACCUCCCAUUCAGCGAAGACAACUUCGAGUCGCUGCAAAACGAACACGGACACUUAAAAAAAAAAAUGAAAUACUUUUGCAACAUGGCCAAUAUAUACUCCAUAAAAAUUAACAAGCUAAUUUUGUACAUCAGGAUUUUGGAGCAGAAAUAUGAAUACGUGAUGAACUGCUUGCUCAAGUUGAAGUCAGUUCUGUUUAGGGGGGACAUUCCGAGGGAGGCGUGCAGACGUUUAGACGACCAUUUGGAGGACCAUUUGGCAGGUCACCUGGGCGACAACCACGCAGACCACCUCGGCCACCAGUGCGGGGAUCACCUGGAUGACCACUUGGGGAGAUUCUUCGCCGAAGAUACCUUCUUUGUGCAUGAGCAGAAUGGCCAUUUUUCCAGCUGCGAUUAUGGGAAGCGCGCAAGUGAUGAUGGCAAAGAUGGUGGGCAGCUCAAUUUGGGGAGUUACCUCUGA